UGCAAUUGAUGUCAUUUCCGUUGCGCGAAACUGAGACUUUGGCGCCCCAGACUUUUAAACAUCUUGAAAACACUCGAGAGACAUCGGAAACACCAAGAAGACAAACAUUGGGCCAGUCUGGUAGUUUUCACGGCAAAGUAACGUUAGUUAACGAUGUUAGGGUAACGUUAGUUAAUAACCUCCUGGUUGUGACGAUGCAAAGUCGUUCAAAGCAAAAUAAGCUCUCUUCGGAUGGCUGAUGGCUGAUGUCGGUGAGGUUAGCCCUCCGUUGACAACGCCGUUGGUCUGUUAGCUAAAAAGAUAUCCAGCUCAUUUACCUCUGGUAGACAAGCUGGCUGUCGAGAAGAAACGCACAUAAAUACAUACACCUGCCUGUGAUUUCAUCAGAGUCGCCAUGAUCCGAAGCAAACUGAAGAAGACCAAGGCACAAGGGGGCCAGAAGAACAUCUCAUCCUUCUUUUCCUCUCAAAAUCACCACAAGGACUUGUCAUCUUCCACAAAAUUGCCUGUUAUUGGUACGGCACUAGCCAGGACUGAACCUCAGGUCAUAGAUGGUGAAACCUCGACAUUCAGACCCUAUUCCCCCUUAAAGAGGAGUAUCCUUGGGGACCUUGAAAACCUCCUGCCCUCCUCACCAGAUCUUCUCCUCUCUGUGCCUGAGACCCCCAACAGUCAGAUCAGGCUUGCUUCAUCUUCUUCCUCCAGAAAUCCAGGUCGACGGAGCCCCCAGCCCAGCAGAGAGGUGGUGAGCCUGGCGAAGCUCGGCCAAUUGUCUCCCAUCUGUCGUAGUCCCCGCUCCAAAGGGCAGAGUGCACGAAGGCUUAUGACUGAGAAGGGAGGGAAAACCAAGAGGGAAGAAGGAUGUUCUGGCUCAGUAAAAAGACUCAUCAGCCCUCCUCAAGAGUCUCACGAGGCCAAGAGACCAAGAAAUGCCAAUCCACCGGCACAAAGAACUGUGCUCAGCCCUACAGGUAGCAACCUGAAAGUAACGAGGCCUUUGAUUGGCCUUUUAAAGACACCUUAUUUCUCCAGUGACCAGUCUGAGAGGUCAGAGGGUCACACCAGAGGUACUGAAGUGGUCUUUAAUGAAAACAAAAACUCUUUUGUGGAACAGAGAAGACGAAGAGAUGAAGAGGAGGAAGAUUCUGGUUUUACUGUGAUAACAGAGCAGAAAGCAACAGGGGUCAAAGCCAAUGGAAACCCACACACUUGUCUGGAUAAGGAUACCCACACUCUUACUGCUCACAUGCACAAACCUAGUUUUCAAGCUAUCACACCUACAACACAGAGAAGUGCAAAGGAGGGAGAGAUUGACCUUAUCAAGUUAGGAGCUACAAGAACAACAAUGACCUCAUCGAAUGGAGAUGGAGACAAUGUGACAUCAUCGGAUCAGGGGCGAGCUGGAGAAAAUACAGGAUUGGCAUCAGUGGAUGAGAGGUUGGACGAGAGCUGGUUUGCGGAGCAGAUGGAUCAUAAUGAGGGUCUUGUCACAGAGGACAAAUCCAAAAAAAAACGUAAGGUUCCAGACCAUGUGAUCCUUUCUGGAGGCCUAAACAACCGCUACUGGGUUUUAGAUGUGGAGGAGAGGCCUGGCCACAAAACCCUCACCAUCUCUUGCUCCAAAUCUCUACAUCCAACUGAGACGUGUCUGCUGAAAGAUGGAUGGGAGAUGACGCCUGUUUGUCAUGGUGAUGUGGUGCAUCUAGAGGGCCACUCUGAUGCUGGAUCCUGGGUAGUGGACAGGGAGCAGGGCUUCCUGGUUUUACUACCUGAUAGCCUUAUCUCAGGAACCAGCAUCUCUAGCUCCAUUCGCUGCAUGAGGCGUGCAGUACUCGGAGACAUGUUCAAGAGUUUUGACGGUGGCUCCAAGCAAAUGCUAAACGGCACCAUGGUCCAUGAGGUCUUCCAGAGAGCAGCUACAGCCAAAGAUUUUUCUCUGGAAACACUGUCUAAGCUGGCUAACCAAGCCCUGUGCAGUCCUCAGUACCUGGGAGACAUGUACAGUUUGGGUGUAAGUCAGGAAGAGAUGAAGCAGGAACUGCAUGACUAUCUGCCCUCACUGGAACAUUGGGCAAAGGAAUACCUCAGCUCCCCAACACCAAAAGCUAUCAGUCUCAAAAUCAACAGCAGGACUCGGAGCAGAUGUCAGGACUCGGCAACUGUUGUCACGGUAGCAGAGCUGGCAGAUAUAGAAGAGAAUGUGUGGUCACCGAGAUUUGGUCUGAAGGGGAAAAUCGACGUGACGGCACGGGUUCGAAUCCAAAGACCACGAAGCGGUAGUCACAGUACCCCGGAAGAGAGGACUGUCCCCCUGGAGCUGAAAACUGGGAAGGAGUCAAACUCGAUAGAGCAUCGCAGUCAGGUGAUUCUUUACACUCUGAUGAGCUUGGAGAGAUACAAUUCUGAAGCUGGCUUCCUGCUUUACCUCAAGACUGGCAACCUGCACCCUAUAGUGGCCGGCCACAUGGACCGCAGAGAGCUGCUGAAGCUGAGGAACACCUUGGUUCAUCACAUUCACAACUGUGUGGAGAAAGAGGCGAAGCGGAGCCGUUUGUCUAGACUUCCUGAAAUCUUGACAGACAGACAAACCUGCCAGUAUUGUCCUCAGAAGAGAAACUGUGCUUUAUAUGAGAGGGUGGUCGAUGGUAGCUCUACAGACGUCUGCGAGGAUGUUGUGCGUGACUUCCUAGAGCAGGAGACAGGUCACCUGAUCCCACCACAUCUAAGCUAUUUUUCCCAUUGGCUGCUGCUCUGCUGCCUAGAGGCUGCCACCAUGGAGGCCAAGAAUGGCCGAAAGCGUGUGUGGCUUCAGACGGCUGAAGAGAGUGAGAAGAAUGGGAGCUGUGUGGGGAAUGUGCAGCUCAGUGGCCCAGUGACCAUGCAGUCUGAAGGGGUUUUUCUCCAUCGUUUCCAGCGGAGAAGUGUGGUGCCACAGAAGGGUUUGGCCAGCAGUGGUUUGGCCAGCGGGGAUCGCAUUGUUGUUAGUGACCAGGAAGGUCGCCUGGUUGGUUUGGCAACGGGGUACCUGUCUGAGGUCAGCAUGACAUCGAUCAGCUGCACUCUGGACAGAGACCUGUCUAAGUUCAGUGGUGUAUUGUUUCGAUUGGACGGUGAUGAAGGUGUGGUGGGCCUCAGCACUCACCUCACCAAUCUCUCCAGGCUGAUGGAAAACUGUCAGGGCAGUGAUCAUCUGAGGGAGCUGGUUGUUGACCUUCGUCCUCCAGAGUUUAUUUCCAACCUCAGUUCUGUUCUGCCGAGAGAGGCCAAGGACACUGUGGCCAACAUCCUCAAAGGUCUCAACAAACCACAGAAGCAGGCCAUGAAGAAAGUGUUGUUAUCUAAAGACUACACACUGAUUGUUGGGAUGCCAGGCACAGGCAAAACCACAACCAUCUGCACCCUGGUUCGCAUCCUUCACGCAUGUGGGUUCAGUGUGUUACUGACCAGCUACACCCACUCUGCUGUUGACAACAUCCUGCUGAAGCUAAAGCGCUUCAGGGUUGGGUUUCUGCGUCUUGGGCAGGGGCAGAAGGUUCACCCAGACAUCCUGCCUUACACAGAGGAAAGUGCGAGGAAGAGGGAAGUUCAUAGUCUGUCAGAGUUGGAGCAGCUUUAUAACAAAGAGCUGGUAGUGGCAACCACCUGUAUGGGCAUCAAGCAUCCCAUUUUCACACGUCGCCGGUUCGAUUUCUGCAUCGUAGAUGAAGCUUCACAGAUCAGCCAGCCUAUCUGUCUGGGACCCCUGUUCUAUGCCAAGAGGUUUGUCCUGGUUGGAGAUCACCAACAGCUGCCACCAAUAGUACAAAAUCAGGAGGCGAGGUCACUUGGGAUGGAUGAAAGUCUCUUUAAGCGACUAGAGCUCCAUAGUGAAGCUGUGGUCCAACUCAAUGUACAGUACCGGAUGAAUAGGCAGAUAAUGUCUCUCAGUAACUCCCUGAUGUAUGAGGGCCGCCUGGAGUGUGGAUCAGAGAGGACAGCCACAGCCCUGCUCACCCUGCCCUUUCUGCUCUCUGUCCAGUCAGAGCUUAGUUCCUACUCUAAGACUCACCCACAGCACGACCUGGCUUGGCUACAGCCCACAUUGUUGCCCAGCAACCCUGUUUGCUUCCUGGAUUGCUCCAUGGUGCCAGCACUAGAGUCUGUGGAGCAGGGGGGCGUAAGCAAUCACACCGAGGCUGCUCUCAUACACAAGAUCCUUUCACUGCUGAUAAAGGCAGGGUGUAAGCCCAGUGAUAUAGGUGUUAUCGCCCCCUACAGACAGCAGUUAAAGAGUAUCUCUGCUCUGCUGCAGUCCUCUGCUUUCACCGGUGUGGAGGUGAAUACAGUGGACAGAUACCAAGGACGGGACAAAAGUCUGAUCAUUUUUUCUUUUGUGAGGAGCACUACAGACGAAGGAAACUUGGGAGAGCUGUUGAAGGACUGGCGUCGUCUGAACGUAGCCAUUACCAGGGCUAAACACAAGCUGCUGAUGGUGGGCUCUAUCACAACGCUACGACGCUACGCUCCUGUGGAGAAACUACUCAACCAUCUCCAGCAAGAGAACAUGAUCAUCCAGCUCCCACCAGCUGCCCACGAGGCCUUACCAAGCAUGUCCUUUUGAUAGAAGUAUUUGAAGCCAUGGUGGUGUUUCCAGUCUCUUAGUGGAACAGCCAGUGGCUGUGGAUCACCUCAAUAGGGCACAAUCUGCAAACCCACUGAAUGAUCUGGAGGCUGUGAUUAGUUGACAACAAUUUAAAACCUAGCCAUUGCUGUCCUGUCCAUCUUUGGAAAAGAAAAUCAACUAAAAGUAUCCCAGGGGUUAAAGUACGACUUGGAACAGCGUUCCAGCAAACUAAUUUAAUUGGCAGUGUUUCCCGUUCAAAAGAAACGCCAAAUAUCCAUUCCAGUGUUUCCCCUGUUAAUUCUCUGACGCGUGCCGCUGUGAGCCACUGCCUGUCUAAUGUUACAUUCCUACCUUUGAUUAUCUUUUGUCCCUCCUAACAAGCAUUUGAUGGCGUGUAACUGGAGAUACAGAUUACACUAAUCAACACACUAGGAAUGACACCUGAGGAACCUGUAGCAUUUUGAGGGGACACUGUCUCUGAUCUGCACCACACUAGUUAAACAUAAGUUUUAUAAUAGAAUGACUUUUAAAUUAGUCUUUAUUAUACAAAGCCCUUGGAAACAGACAUUGCGUUGUUGUGAAAAAUGCAAAUAUUAAAUGCACCAUUCAGUGUCUUUUGCCACAUCUUUUGCUUUGUUGGGCUUUUCAUACUGAAACAAGUGGAAUAGAGCGGCCUCAAAAAUGUAAUCACCAGACUGAACCUCAACAAGCUUAGCUGCUGGAUUAUGGUACUGUGUGUCAAACCUCAACUAGGACUCUAGUGAUACACUGACAAUAUUUUAGACUUGACUGUUGGUACUUUCUCUAAGCAUUUACACACACACACACACACACACACACACACACACACACACACACACACACACACACACACACACACACACACAUAACCGACAAGUCCUGUGAAUAUAGAGACCAUACCGAGUUAUUUAAAGUUUAUGUCACUCAGCUGCAACAGUCAGAUAAGCUCAGAAAUGUCUAUCAGUCAACUGAACUGCAGUUGAAUUGUAGGAUGAAAAAUCUUGAACUAUAAACAGAAAAGUGAUGCUACAACACAAUAUUAAAAUAACCAGAAUUAUUUGUAUUCCUAAAUGUGUCAAUAUUUUUCCAGAUCAAACCUCAAGUACAUGUUGUAUAAAGGAUGAGGUGACAGCCGUAGUGUGUACUGUAAUAUCUUAUUUUGUGUACACUACUAUACAUCACUGAACUUCAUACAUACUUGAGUAAUAUGGCAUCGACAGUUUUUUAAUCUGUGAAUGGACUACACCGGCCUACAACGGUAAAGAAAUGGAAACAGCAUACUGGUAUAUACUGUACAUAAAGUUAGUGUCGGUAACACAAAAAGCUCAAACAAAACCAAGUAUUUGGGUCAAUUCCUUUGCAUACAACAGAAUACGAGCAAACCUAAAGCUGUACGGAGACAGAAUGCUUACAAAGGAAACUACUUUGUAUCAUGAGAACCAGUUAAAACUCUAGGAAUUUGUAGGAAACCACAAUUAUUGAACUGUGAUAAUUUAACUAAUGAUUUAGUUUUUCAUUACUGUGAUUAGAGCAGGUUGUAUAACGUCACCAAGCUAACUGUGAUUCCACCUUUUGAUCGGUUUGACCUCCAACACAACCUCUAAUUAUUCAUGUCUCUGUAUUUAGUUUUUAAUUUUUUAUGUGAUUUUUGCAUCUGUUUUGUGAAUAAAUAAUACAAAUACUA